GCCCAAACUUACUCAAAAUCAUUAUUAGUUCAUUACCCCAAAAAAGUUUCAAGCUCUAGCGCUCGCUAGUCACUGCAAAACGCUUUCAAAAAACCUUCCAAGAUCAAACACCUAGCGUUCAAGUCAUACAGUUAGAGCCAUGGCUAGUGCAAGCUGCAGCAGGGAAGAGGUGAAAGUGGUGAUUAUUGACACUCAAUAUGUUGUCACUGAUCCUUUGACCUUCAAGUCUGUGGUUCAGAGCCUCACUGGUAAAGAUUCUUGCGUUUCUUUGAUAGAAGAGAGCUCGUUUGCUGGUGGAAAGAGGAAAAGAGAAGCCGAUAGUAAUGGGAUUAUUGAAAGUUCAGGUGGUCCUUCUGGUGGUGGUGGUGGUGGUGGCGCUGCUGCUGCUGCUGCUGAUUGGAAGUUAUCGAAAGGGUUGUCGUUUAAAGACUUGGAUAAGAUGAUUUUGGAGCUGCCUCCAAUGGAGGAAUGGUACCAGCUGUGGGCUCAGAAUAAUUUUCUGUAGCUAUUUCAAUUUGAAAUUUAUGAUUUAUAAGAAUUUAAUUUCAUUAA